UAGGCAUGGUAAACACAUAAUAAAUUACAAGUAUUGGUAAAGUAUCGGUAAGCGAAUUUAACCGACAACAUCAAGGUCACUAGCCGUAACCUUGCUCCAUGAGCUUGGUGAUGAACGCGCACCGGUUGGGCAAUCCCGAUGUUGGUAAGUAAGUCAAUGAUCGGGAAGCUGAGUUUGUUAGUUUUGAACUUGUUGAACUUGUUCCAGGUCCAUCAUCUUGAGAGCUUUGUCGAAGCAACAGUAGCUUUAAGUUCAGUAAAUCAUGGCUACAUACAACGAGAUUCGAUGUCCACGUCGUGCAGGUACAAUAAAGCUAGCAACUGCUCGGUGGGCGCUGGGUGAGGGGUUGCCUCACUUGUGCGACAAACACGAACUGUGGAUAUGUACCGUAUAGGGUACGUACUGGUACUGUUGAGGAUGGAAUUACUAUUUAGUAUUUG